AUGGAGAUGCACAACGGAAAAGCCCGAGGAAGUGCAAAGAAUCGCCAACUGCUGCCGAGACCCAAGUGCCGAAAAAAGGCAAAGGUCCAGAAGAAUCACAAGGACAUUGUGAUGUAUGGUGCAAAGGAUGUUGUUCCAGUACCUCAAGAGGAGCCCCUAAAAGUUGUGCAUCUUGAGGCUCCACCAAGCAACAAGGACUCCUUGGUAAGCACACAUGGGGCUGCCCCUGCUGAACCGCAAGAAGAUAAAAAGACAUCAAAGACAUUCCUUACCAAAAUGUCGCCCAGCACGUUGCUUGGGUUCAUCAAACACAUGAAAGAGAACACCCCAGAGCAGGUUGAGGCGAUGAAGGAGAUAGGCUUUGGGGCACUACUUGACUUGGAGAUUAAGACCGUGCCGACGCAACUUUUUGUCUUCCUGGCCAACAACUUUGAGCCCGGGUCAAGAAAACUCACAUUCCCAAAUGGAGAGAAGUUUAAGUUUGAGGAAGAGGAUGUGCUUGUUGUUCUGGAAGACGAAUACGAUGCUUUUGUGAAAGAGUGGAAGUAUAGGUUUGAUUCGAAGGAAGCGAAAACAUAG